AAGGGAAAAGAAAAAGAAAAGGCAAAGCUGAAGAAGACGGAGCGAAAACCAUAGAGAGAGCAAGCGUGAAGAAAAGGACAAAGGAGGACGAUUUGUGACUGGUCUGUCGCAGAAGAAGACAAAGAGAGACGCGACUAGGGAGAGCUGGGGCUUCGAUUUUAAAGAGAGAGAGAUAGAGAGAGAAAGAGCGUGAGAGAGAAAAGGAGGCUGCCAAAAGGGGUUUGCUAGGGAGGGGUCGAGAGGCGAGCAACGGGAUUGGAGCUGGACUGGAGGGGAGAGUGAGCAAAAAAAAAAAAGAGGAAAACUGGGAGAGUAAGGGAGAGAGGGCUUUGUCUUUUUCUUCUCGUAUCGGGCUUUAGUUUUGGUUGCAUUCGUUUAACUCUUGUGAAGGAAUUGCAAGUUAUAGAGCUUAUAGGCUUCCACAUUUCAAACAAGGCCAAACACCAUCUAGCUUAAUGAAAGGAGGGAGGAAAAACUUGAAGAGAGCAGCAGAGGAGGAAAUCUUGACCCUCCAGGAUGGACAAUGCAUUAUGCAAGUGGGGUCUCUUAGAGGAUCCAAUCUAAUUGAGGUGAUAGAUCAGCAGGGAGAUAAAUCUUUGGCGCUCUUUCCAGCUAAAUUCCAAAAGAGCAUGUGGAUAAAACGAGGAAGUUUUGUCGUAGUUGACCAAAGUGGAAAGGAAGAUGCGGUCAAGUCUGGUAGCAAGGUGGCAUAUAUUGUUUGUCAAGUUCUAUAUUAUGAGCAAGUUCGUGCACUUCAAAAAUCUCCAGAAUGGCCAGCGGUAUUCAAAUCCUCAAAUUCUCUUGAUGCUAAUCGAAGUCCACAAGGAUGCACCUCUCACCAAGAAGAUGACAAUGAAGAUUACUCAAGUGAUGAUGAAGACCUUCCCCCAUUAGAGGCAAAUAUGAACAGGAUCAAGCCAUUUGAGUUGCAAUCAGAAGAAGAUUCAGAUUCGGGGUCCGAUACAGAUCCAUAAAUGGUUGAAUGCAAAGCAUGUUUUGUUUUACAUUGGCCUAGCUAGCACAAGAAAGGAAAUCUCCAUUGAUGAUGAUGAUGCCUCAAUAUGUAUUUUGCUUUUAGUUUGCCAUUUUUGUUGAUGAUAUAUGUUCAUCAACUCAAAUUUUGCUGGUGGAAAAAUCUGUACCAACUCUACAUUUGAUAAUUUAACUUAGUUUUAAGCUUUUGAGCUUUCCAUUU